CGUGUGCUCGGCGGACGCGACGUAGCUUCUGCUAGCUCCUCAUGUAAAGAAACCUCCCCAGAUUCCCUCAGCAGCGUCGGUCGUCGACACGAAUCACCGCCACCAUGACUAUCCUCGACAAGAUAGCGGAGAUUGAGAGCGAGAUGGCCAGGACGCAGAGGAACAAGGCCACAGCUCACCACUUGGGUCUGCUCAAAGCCCGUCUCGCCAAACUGAGGAGGGAACUCAUCACACCAAAAGGUGGCGCCGGUGGUGGAACAGGAGAAGGUUUCGAUGUAGCAAAAACUGGGGAUGCUCGUGUUGGCUUCGUUGGAUUUCCUUCCGUAGGAAAGUCUACGCUGCUGAGUAACCUUGCAGGCGUGUAUUCUGAGGUUGCCGCCUAUGAGUUCACCACUCUCACCACAGUACCUGGAGUCAUUCGCUACAAAGGCGCCAAAAUUCAGCUCCUCGAUCUCCCAGGAAUCAUUGAGGGAGCCAAGGAUGGCAAGGGCAGAGGCCGACAGGUCAUCGCAGUGGCUCGAACCUGCAAUCUGAUCCUCAUCGUGCUCGAUGUGUUGAAGCCUCUUCUCCAUAAGAGACUAAUAGAACAUGAGCUGGAGGGCUUUGGCAUCCGACUGAACAAGCAACCACCCAACAUCGGUUUCAAGAGGAAGGACAAAGGAGGCAUCAACUUCACAGCCACAUGUGUUCAAACUGAGCUGGAUCUUGAAACGGUGAAGUCUAUCCUGUCCGAGUACAAGAUCCACAACGCCGACAUCACUCUGCGCAGCGACUCCACAGCCGAUGACCUCAUUGAUGUGGUGGAGGGAAAUCGGGUCUACGUCCCGUGCAUAUAUGUGCUCAACAAAAUCGAUCAGAUCUCCAUUGAGGAGCUGGACGUCAUCUACAAGGUGCCCCACACUGUCCCCAUCUCGGCCCACCACCACUGGAACUUCGAUGACCUGCUGGAGAGGAUGUGGGAUUACCUAAGACUUGUUCGCAUCUACACCAAACCCAAAGGCCAGCUUCCUGACUACACGUCUCCUGUUGUCCUCCCUGACGGCCGAACUACAGUCGAGGAUUUCUGCUUAAAGAUUCACAAAAGUCUCAUGAAAGAGUUGAAAUAUGCUCUUGUGUGGGGAGCUUCUGUGAAACAUAACCCUCAAAAGGUGGGCAAGGACCACCUUAUGGAUGACGAAGACGUAAUCCAGCUGGUGAAGAAGUAAAAAGGAGUCUCCGUCUCACUGCAUGGUCUGCGUAUCACAAUGUGUUCUGUACAGUUGCUGGGUAAAUCGACAAACGUAUCCAUCAGACCAACUGUGCUGUGUGGUUCCCAGAUUCUUUGCUGUAAUGAAAUGAAAAAAGCAAUGAAAUGAAUGUGAGUGUCACCUUUAAAAGAACCUACAGUACCUACCACCAUGAAUAGUUCAUAUUGAAUAUUGGUUUAAGACUUGCAUUAAAACCUGUACAAUAAAAAAUUAAAGGAA